AUCCCUUCUCCAUUAUACACCAACCCUUUCCUCCCUCUCCUUCCUCUAUACUUCAUUCCAUUUGGAUUCCAGACUUCUCCAAGAAAUCCACACGCAAUACGCCCAUUCCUCUUACAAACGGCUAUCAUCCUCUUUCGUCCACACCCCCCUCCCCCCGCCCCAAAAAAAAAAAAAAUUAAUCUACUAUUAUUUUUCUUUCUCCAUGGCGUAAUUCCUUGCUCCAUGGAAUUGCUCACCUCUGCUUCCCACCAGAAAGUUUCGGAGGAAGCAACCGGCCAGCUAUAUAUCUUCUGAUCCUGAGACGAUCAUAUACACCUCUCUCUCAGUUAUACAAGUUUGACAUUAUCUGUUGAUGCCGACUAGGGAAAUCUUAGGAAAUGGGAUGCAUUAUAUCGACACCUAAUGACUCUGGUGGUAACAGAAGGUGGCCAGCAAACAUUGGGGAUGUCUCUGUAUUUGUUCCAGGUUUACGUGUACCUAAGCCAGUCGAUUUCUCCCAGUCAUUGGGUGAUCACCUAUGUAAGAGCUUAGUAGAACGCCUUUCUGCUCUAAGAACAAGAAUAGUUGUUAUGGCUGGCCAGGAAGCUCCAACAAUCACAAGAACAAGGCGAAAAACUGCCACUCAACAUGGAGGAUCCACUCUUGCUGAUCUUCUACAGGCUCUGGAAGAUUAUUUGCCAGUUCUUUUGGGAUUGGUUAAAGAUGGGAGUCCUUUGCAACACAGAGUACAUUUUGUGUGGGUCAAUCAGGAGGACGAAGAAGAGGAAACAGCAAUAUAUAGUUCUUGGUACGAAGUGUUAUCUGUUUUGCACUUGAUGGCGAUGCUAUCAUUAUCGCAAGCUAAUUUAUUACUUCUUCCGAGAACAUCCCUUGAUGGUUAUCAGCCGAAGGUUUCAGAAGAGAGCAGGAGAACUUCUGUUGAUAUCUUUUUAAAAGCUGCAGGCUACCUUGACUGUGCUGUCCGUCAAGUUCUUCCACAGUUACCCAAUGAACUGAGGAGAAAUCUUCCAGUGGACCUCACUGAAGGAGUUCUUCGUGCACUUUGCCUACAAGCACUAGGACAGGCUGUUGAUAUUCAGCUUGGACUUGCUAUUGAUGGUACCAAGGCAACCCUUGCUGUGAAAAGAAGACUUUCUUGUGAGAUGGUAAAAUACUGGCAACAGGCCCAAGAUAACAUCAUGAACCUUCCACUAGCAAAUGGGUGGGGAGAAAAGCAUAGACUCUUUGUUAAGUGGAAAUACAUUGAAGCUAAGGCUGCAGCAUACUACUAUCAUGGUCUAAUUCUUGAUGAAGGGAAUACUGAGAAGUCUCAUGGAAUGGCAGUUGCUGCUCUGCAAGCAGCCGAUGAAUAUCUAAAAGAGAGCAAGAAGGCAUGUGAAGCUUUCAAUGCAUGUGUUCCUUUGUCCAGAAAUCCUCCUCUCUGGGGAACCAUGAAAUAUUUGUCUGAAAAGAUACCCAAGGAUACUGCCAGCAAGGUUCGAAUCAAUAGGGAUCUAUACUCUCAUGAAAAAAUUAUGGAGACAGCACCGACAUUGCCAGACUUCGCCUUGGCCCUCAAACCUGAUGAAUAUCAGCUUCCUCUUGUUGAUAUCUCUUGGAAUGAUGACAAGAGUGGAGUAUAGCUAUGCCUUCAUUCCAAAUUAUCCAAAAUAGGAAAAAGCAAAAUGAAGAGAGAGAGAGAGGGAAAGGAAAAAGCACCAGAGCAAUUUCUUUUGAAGAACCUGAAUGGUUGCCUGAGUACUUGUCGAUGUGAGUACAGGCUUCCUGGGUCCUGGCUCCUAGGCUAGCUCCAUUAUUUCUUGCACCUGCUGCAAAGCAAGCGUUUAGCUCCAUUAUUCAUAUGCAUGAGAUAUAGAGAUGGUCACCUUGUAAAAAAUACGCCUUUGCCUCUUUUAAUAUCAACGCUUUGGGGAAUGUGUUAUUAUUCCUUUUGUAAUUGCUGCGGUUGAGGACUAGUUCUGCUUCUGCCUCUACCAUUCCUCAGGCAGAUAGAUAUUUGACAUUAAACUACUGAUCAAUGAGUCAAACUCUCCAUGCAUGGAUAAUGUUUUUCUGUUAGUCAUAACACGUGUUGUAGCCUGUAUGUAUCCAUAGAAGACAAUGAUCGAGUGAAACUGUUUGGUUACUUUCCUAUUUUGAGUUUA